AUGAGGUCGUUAGCAAUAUUAUUGAUUGGUCUGCUGUGUGCCAGUGCCAUUGAUGGACGUUGGCUGGGUGAAGAUAUUCGCCGUGAACUGGAAGAUAGUCAUGAAAGUGAUGAGCCACCCUAUAAAAUUGAGGGUAAACAUUACGAAGGAAGAAGACAUCAUCAUCUACCUCACCAUCACUAUGGUCAUCAUGGCAAUUCAUCCCACUGGAAUACAACUGUGAUUCCACCAAAUGAUAAUACGACAUCGUCAUGGAACAGUACUUGGGCGCCACCAGUGAAUAACUCCACGUGGAGUCCUCCAUCAUGGAAUACGACAUGGAGUCCACAACAAAAUAAUUCGACACCUUCAUGGAAUACCACUUGGACACCACCUGUGAAUAAUUCGACAUGGGCUCCACCAUUAUGGAAUACAACUUGGAAUCCAUCGGGUAACGAUUCCUCACCAUCGUGGAAUUCAACUUGGGCGCCACCAAUAAAUAAUUCGACAUGGAGGCCUCCUUCAUGGAAUACGACAUGGAGUCCACCAAUUAAUAAUUCUACAUGGGCUCCGCCAUCAUGGAAUUCUACUUGGGUACCACCAGCAUGGAAUACUACUUGGGCACCACCAACAUGGAAUUCCACAUUGGCACCACCUUCAUGGAAUUCGACAUGGUCACCUCCUUCAUGGAAUACGACUUGGGCACCACCUUCAUGGAAUUCCACUUGGGCACCUCCUUCAUGGAAUUCCACUUGGGCACCUCCAGUAUGGAACUCAACCAUUGCACCAUCUUCGUGGAACUCCACUUGGGCACCACCUUCAUGGAAUUCCACAUGGGCACCUCCUUCAUGGAAUACGACUUGGGCACCACCUUCAUGGAAUUCCACUUGGGCGCCACCUACCUGGAAUUCUACUUGGACACCUCCAUCGUGGAACUCCACCUGGGCGCCACCUUCUUGGAAUACCACCUGGUCGCCACCAUUGAAUAAUUCUACGUGGGCACCACCAUCAUGGAAUAGCACUUGGGCACCCCCCUCAUGGAACUCAACCUGGGCACCUCCAUCAUGGAAUUCAACUUGGGCACCUCCUUCAUGGAACUCCACCUGGGCACCACCUUCAUGGAAUACCACUUGGGCGCCACCAACGAACAACUCGACAUGGGCACCUCCUUCAUGGAACUCCACCUGGGCACCACCUUCAUGGAAUGCAACUUGGGCACCUCCUUCAUCGAACUCCACUUGGGCACCUCCUUCAUGGAAUACCACUUGGGCGCCACCAACGAAUAACUCAACAUGGGCACCUCCAUCUGGAAAUUUCACCUGGACUCCACCGACAUGGAAUUAA